GAAUCAAUUGUUUUCAAAAAGGCUCUAAUCAUUUUCAAGAGUUAACAAUAAUGCCUUACAUUUGAAAUGUUUUUUGUGUUUCUCAAAGCACUGCCAAUUACAUUCUCUUAUUUAACCUCCACAUUAACCUUUUCAGGUGGGCAGAGCAGAUAUUACUGUCCCCAUGUUACAUCAGGAGAAAUUUGAAGCCCAGAAACUGAAGGGAAAGUAGCUAAAUGACACAGCUAUGACUAGACCCAGGCCUUACCUUUUCAUUCUACUACAGCAUAUUGACUUUUUGGUUUUGUUAGCUCAAAAUUAGGGAGAAUGAUACUUGCAUUUGGAUCAGUAACAGUGAUGCCUACUUCUUACAGGUCCAGUUAUCUUUUGACUGCCACAUAUGGACCCCAAAAGAUCUCAAAAGGAAACUAUCCUCAUUACAGGAGGAGGUGGCUAUUUUGGUUUUCGCCUGGGCUGUGCUCUGAACCAAAAGGGAGUCCACGUGAUUCUGUUUGACAUCAGCAGCCCUGCUGAAACCAUUCCAGAAGGAAUCAAGUUUAUACAAGGAGACAUCCGCCACCUGUCUGACAUAGAGAAAGCCUUCCAGGAUGCAGACGUCACUUGUGUGUUCCAUAUUGCCUCUUAUGGUAUGUCAGGGCGGGAGCAACUCAAUCGAAACCUGAUCGAAGAAGUCAACAUCGGGGGCACAGACAACAUCCUCCAGACUUGCCAAAGGAGAAGGGUGCCCAGGUUAGUUUACACCAGCACUUUCAAUGUCAUCUUUGGAGGUCAAGUUAUCAGAAAUGGGGAUGAAUCUCUGCCCUACCUGCCUCUUCACCUCCACCCUGAUCACUACUCUCGGACAAAGUCUAUUGCAGAGAAGAAGGUGCUGGAGGCGAAUGGUACACCCCUGGACAGAGGCGACGGUGUCUUAAGAACCUGCGCUCUGAGGCCAGCUGGCAUCUAUGGGCCUGGAGAACAAAGACACCUUCCCAGAAUAGUCAGCUACAUCGAGAAGGGUCUGUUCAAGUUUGUCUACGGGGACCCCAGGAGCCUGGUUGAGUUUGUCCACGUGGAUAACUUGGUGCAGGCUCACAUUCUGGCCUCAGAAGCCCUGAGAGCUGACAAGGGCCAUAUUGCCUCUGGGCAGCCCUACUUCAUCUCAGAUGGCAGACCCGUGAACAACUUUGAGUUCUUCCGGCCUCUGGUUGAGGGCCUGGGCUACGCGUUCCCAUCUACCCGCCUGCCAUUGACCUUGGUCUACUGCUUUGCUUUCCUAACAGAGAUGGUUCACUUCAUUUUGGGUCGACUCUACAACUUCCAGCCCUUCCUCACUCGCACUGAAGUUUACAAAACUGGUGUCACACAUUAUUUUAGCUUAGAGAAAGCCAAGAAAGAGCUAGGUUAUAAGGCUCAGCCAUUUGACCUCCAGGAAGCAGUGGAAUGGUUUAAAGCCCAUGGUCAUGGCAGAAGUUCUGGAAGUCGUGACUCAGAGUGUUUAGUUUGGGAUGGGCUAUUGGUCUUCCUCCUGAUUAUAGCAGUUCUCAUCUGGCUGCCUUCCUCUGUGAUUCUGUCACUGUGAAGGAGGGGCCAGAAAUAAGGUGAUCACAGUUGGCUGAGAUGGUUCUCAAGAAACAUGGGUUUUAAAAUGUGUACAGUGAUAUCUGUUGCCAAACAUUGGCUCUUCAAAUUGCUACUGACGAAUAGGUUCUUGGAUUGAAUCUUUAUUUCUUACUUCCUUGCACUAAGCCAGAUGGGAAUGAAGAAAAAGAAGCAGAGAUUAGUUUGAAAUUUCAUUUCUUAUGUCUUUCUGUUUUAGGUGGGUCCAAUAGAAGUCAGUUUGGAGCCACAGAAGUAGGCUUAGUUGGGUUGGAGAUGUCUGUCUUGAAUUUCUUAGAAGGCAAGAUAUACUUAUUUCCGUUUUAUGCACUCUGCAUCUACCUAAAACCUCUGACUGAUGUGGGAAUGGCAAAACACUAUCAGGCUUGAAAGCAUGUGAAAAACACCAAAUUGGCCCAGAUCCCUAACAGAGCAAUCCUCGAGGGGAUGGUGGCUAUUGCUGGAGAGGCAUUAGCUAUUCACAGUGUACGUUUUAGGUACACUGUGUUAACUUUCGCCCUUUGUGAUAUCGGGGCAUUAUGCCUAUGUGAACACAUGGUAAUGUUUGAUGUUUAGGCCUUUAUCCUACCUCAUAGGAUUCUUUUGAGGAUUAAAUUAAAGCAUACAAAGUGCUCCUUAACACACAUAGCCAUUCUUUUUAUCAGAAUUGUCAUGGUACAUUCCUUAUGAGGUCUUUCUUCCUCAGUGUUCUCUUUAGAGGGCUGUUGCUACUGGACUUUCUGGAAUGUCUGGGUGUGCCCUCAGAGCCUGCAACAAGUGUAUUUGGAUAUACUCUAACGUUUUGGCCUCCAAGAAGGCGAAAAGGAAGCAACUAAAAAUCUGAUGAUUAAGGGAGUCAAUCAAGCUGAUGCCAUUUUUAGUUUAAACAAUGAAGCAUAAAUUCAUAGACUGGUUUUCUUACUGGGAAGAAGGUUGGCUCUCUGAAGACAGCUUCCAGUGAGGAAUGUGUUGAACAGUGGCCACACUGUCUGGCCACCCACGAACUGUUACCGAUGAUCCAGUUACACUGUUGCAUAGGAAUCCAAGUGGAAAGAAGACAGAGUCCAUGUCUGUCCAUGGCUCCAGCUACAGAAAGGAUAACAUGGGAACAUUACAAAGGGGACACAUUACUGUGGAAAGUUCUGCUAGAGUUACUCUGAGAGUAUCUACAAAUAGAUGAGAAAUCCCUGUUGAAUGCUGCCUGGAUGUUUUCAGAAAAGCUCUGAACUUGAUGUCAGAACACCGACACCAUGAAUAUCAUGUGUGGCCUUAACCAAGCAACAGAAGCCCUUUAGAACUUAGCUUCCUCACUUGGGACCUGGGACUGACUGCAUUUGCCCUUUCUAUAAACCCACCCACCUUAUAGGGUUCAUUGGGAGCAUAAAGCAAGAUGUGGUGAACGUACUUUUAAUAUAAAUUGCAACAUCAAUAUGAGGUGAUGGUAGUGGUUGUUUUUAGGAAAA